AUGUCUACAGAGGAGUUUGAGAAGGCGGCCGAGGAUAUCAAGAAGCUCACGGAGCGACCCACCAACGAAGAGCUCCUGGACCUGUACGCCCUCUACAAGCAGGCCGCAGUGGGUGACUGCAACACUGAGCGUCCGGGCAUGUUGGACCUGAAGGGGAAGGCGAAGUGGGACAAGUGGAACGCCCUGAAGGGAAUGGGCAAGGAGGAGGCCCAGAAGAAGUACGUGGAGCUGGCAAACUCCCUGCUCGCCAAGUACAAGUCCUAG